AAACAUUGCGAGUGUAGAGUGUUGUGAAAGUGACGCGUUUAUCAUUUUUGUUUACGGAGCCACAUCGUAAUGGAUAACCGUGGGUGUUGAUGUGUUGUUGAAAGCGUGCCAAACUUGAUCUUUGUAGCUAAGAAAGCCGACGAGCUAUCCUCUUGCUCCAUUAAUUUCUCUGAAAGGCACACAAGUUGGAUGCUUGUGCUUUUGAUCAGGUAGGCGGGUUGUAUAAAAACUUGGCAUUUGAAGGAUUGUGGCUGGUUGAUUUGAGAAAAGGGUAAGAUGGGUUCAUAUGGAAAGCUUGCAAGGAGGGCUUUGGAGACUGAUAUGCCGGUCAUGGUUCAGAUACAGGAACUGAUCCGAGGAGCCAAAAAUGCGGUGUCUUUGGCUCAGGGUGUAGUUUUUUGGCAACCACCCAAAAGGGCAUUGGAUAAGGUCAAAGAACUUGUAUGGGAGCCAUCAAUUAGUCGAUAUGGUGCUGAUGAAGGUAUCCCUGAACUCAGGGAAGCAUUAAUAAAAAAGUUGCACGAUGAAAAUAAACUGUACAGAUCUUCGGUGAUGGUUACUGCUGGUGCAAAUCAGGCAUUUGUAAAUCUUGUUCUUACAUUGUGUGAUGCUGGAGAUUCUGUAGUUAUGUUUGCACCAUACUAUUUCAAUGCCUACAUGUCCUUCCAGAUGACUGGCAUCACUAAUAUACUGGUGGGUCCUGGUAGCCCCCAGACACUUUAUCCAGAUGUAGACUGGUUACAAAGAACCUUGCUGGAAACUAAACCAGCUCCAAAGCUUGUUACUGUUGUUAAUCCUGGCAACCCAAGUGGGACUUACAUUCCGGAGCCUCUUCUUAAGAGGAUUUCUGAUCUCUGCAGAGAUGCUGGAUCUUGGCUUGUGGUAGAUAAUACAUACGAAUACUUCAUGUAUGAUGGUCUAAAACACUCUUGUGUGGAGGGAGAUCACAUAGUCAACAUAUUUUCCUUCUCAAAAGCAUAUGGGAUGAUGGGAUGGCGGGUGGGAUAUAUAGCAUACCCAUCAGAAGUAGAGGGCUUUGCAGCUCAACUCCUCAAAGUUCAAGACAACAUUCCCAUCUGUGCUUCAAUAAUUUCGCAACACCUUGCCCUUUACUCCUUAGAAUCGGGACCUGAAUGGGUCACUGAUCAAGUAAAAGAUCUUCUCAAGAACAGAGAGAUUGUUUUAGAAGCGUUGUCUCCCCUUGGAAAAGAUGCUGUUAAAGGAGGAGAAGGUGCUAUUUACCUGUGGGCAAAGCUUCCAGAGAAUCAUGUCGAUGACUUCAAAGUUGUUCGGUGGCUCGCUCAUAGGCAUGGGGUGGUGGUGAUCCCAGGAAGUGCUUGUGGGUGUCCAGGGAAUCUUAGGAUCUCCUUUGGAGGCUUGAUAGAGAGCGAUUGUAAAGCUGCAGCAGAGAGGCUGAGGAAAGGGUUAGAAGAAUUAAACAGAGAUGGAAUGGUGGAGUAACCCAAAAAUUACAAGGUUAAUUAAAAACCUUGAAAUUGGAAGUACAUUUGCUUUUGAACAAUGAGCAAUUGAAACCUUCAUGAUAUAAGAGCAGCAGUGCUUCUGGUUACGUAUAUUCAGAACUGUAAUUUCCAAGAAAUACAUUCCCGUACUUUUCUACAAUGAUGUCUGAUACAUGCAAAAUGUUUCUUGGUUUAACAAGGUUCCCAUCAUAGAAAUGUAUCCGUGAACCAUUUUUUCGUA